UCCUUCAACAUCGCCCAUAAUAUUUCAACUAUGAAGAAAGUAGUGAUUCUGGUAUACCUUAUCUGAAUGAUACAUUGCAAAGACGGACUCAUCAACCGUUUCAGAGAGAUGCCAAUGGUCAACUUAACCAUAGUACAUCCUAAAUUCGAGAGAAUCAGAAAGGCAGUCACACCCAUUAUUGCAACAUUUGGGAUAAUGUAUGAGCAUUUUGGAGAUUAUACCCCUCCAGUGAGAGAUAUCGUACCUUUUUGAAUGCAGUCCUAUCUGCAUUUCUUGACUUUUCUGAAUGUAACAGUCUGAGAUGAGUACAAUCGCUUAAAAACUUACUGUAUCUACGGAUUUUGUGUUUAUUAAAGCAGCCGAAGAGCUCAGAAAAUUCUGUAUAAUGAUCGAGAGUGUACUCAUUGAAGUCUUGUUAAUCACUGAACUAGAGUACGGAUAUCAAGCUCUCAAUUAUGCAUACUUGAAGAAAGAGUUUGGAAUUAUUACCAAGAUCAUAAAUGUAAAAGGAUUGGAGACAUACCAGGAAAAAUCUCACUGCAUUCGCAUGAGAAUUGGACAGCACUUCAUGCCCACUUUCAAAGGCAAUGACACCUCACAUUGCUCUGAGUUCGAUGAGAUCAUCCACAGUUUCUCUGAACGACCUGUAGAUCCUCCCAUAGACUGGUCGCCUUUGUUUAUAAACCUCAUGAUAUUUGCUGCUCUUAUUGUUGCUAUUUAUGCUGGUUGCAAAUUUGUUUUAAAAGAAUGGAAGAAAACCGAAAAGCUAUAUGCUCAUCGGCAAGGAAGAAUGCAUUUAAAUCAAAGAAAUAGGAGGUCCUCAAACUCAAGGCAUUCUUCAAAGAAGGAAGCCAAAUGCUGGUGGUACUAAGUGAUUAUUCCCAGAGGAGGAAAGAUGAUUCUUUGCUUGAUCACCAACUUGUUGAUAUUUCUGAAUAAAGGUAAAUAUUUCCUCCUUCUCAGCUGCACACAGAUGAUUUGGAAAGUGUCCAAAUUUGAC